AUGUCCACCGCCACAGAAACCGUUGUCGAGAUGGAUGCGGCUACGUCUAUGCCUGCCCGGCUCGAGAGGUACGCCGGGUUUUACGGCGACCCGUUUCUAACUCUUCAAGACUACGAGGUCAAGAGAAAGCCAGUCAAUGCAGCGAAAGGGAAAGAAAAGGCACUGCCUCCUGUUCCUGCUACGAACACUGAAUCCGAACUGGCAACCAUCGAUUCAUACGAUGAAGUGGAUGACGUCGAUUUGGAAAAGUGCAAACCCCCAGCCGCCCUCAAAACAGCCCCAAAUAUCACCGACGGAAUCCUGCUUGAAGUCUUACAGACCUCCAUAGAAAAUGUCGAAGCCAGAAUUGUCGAAAAUAACCGGAGGCGACAGCUAGAAGAGACAAGCAGGCUCGAAGAGGAAGAGGCGGCUAAGGAAGAUAAGAGAAAAGAGCCAUACCUUCCCAUCAUUAUGGUACCAGACGAACCCGAGCCUUCAAAGGAAGAGGUCGACGAAAGUGACAGACAACUCAAGCUGCUCCCCGAUCUCCCCGGGAAUGGCGAGGGCAGCUCAGGUGGCGGGUUGAUUGUCUUCCCAAUCAAGCCCAAGAAGAGGAGCCGGUUCACCCUCACAAGGAUGCUACAAAAGAUUACUGAAAAGGAGGCACCGCUUUCGACAAGGAACCCAUUCAAGUUUGCAGGAAACUCGAGCAGUAAUAGCCUCGGGUCUUCUGACGAGAACAAGACCAAAAAAAGCCCUGUCGUCUACUGCCGUGACUGUUUCGAGCGCCUUAUCGCAGCCGCUAUACAGAACGAGCAACAGUGGCCUCCCAAAUGCUGCCUCAACGAGAUCCCCUUCCGGACGGUCCACCGCUACGUCUCCAAAGACCUGGGGAAAACAUACAAGGACCGCUCCGCCGAGUGGAAGAUACCCGUCAGCGACCGCAUAUACUGCAACCAGCCCGAGUGCAGCCUCUGGAUCAAGCCGGACCACGUCAACAACGGCCUUCGUAUCGCUAGGUGCUCCAACGGCCACUGGACCUGCACCAUCUGCCGCGGUCCGCAGCACGAGAACUCGGACUGCCCACAGGAUCGCGACAUGGCGCUGACGAAUGCAUUGGCCGAGGAGGAGGGUUGGCAGCACUGCGCCAAGUGCCAGGCCCUUGUCGAGCAUCGUGAGGCGUGCCAGCACAUGACCUGCCGCUGUGGGCAUCAGUUCUGCUAUGUUUGCGGCGUCAAGUGGAGGGGCUGCGCAUGCACCAUGGACCAGUUGAACGAGGUCAAGGCUGGCGCGGCGACGAGGAGGGCGCGGAGGAUAGAACGCGAGGCCGAGGCCGACGCCGAGCUUCGCGAUGCUCUGCGACAAAUUGAGGAGUUUGAGCGGGAGGAGGCGUUGAAGGCGGAACUGCUAAGGCAGGAGAUGGAAAGACGCGAGGAGGAACGCAGGCAGCGUGAGCUCGAGGAGAGGGUGCGUUUGGAGAGCCUACGCAGGCAUGAAAUCGAGACCAAGUAUCAGGAGCUGCGAGAGAUGCUCGACGGGCUACACGAUGUUCAGGAGGUGAUGGUGAGGUACCAGCAUGACAAGGAGCUACAGAUAUCUGCCCACGAGGCGUCUACAGCUACGGAUGAGCUCGUGGAGAAGCAGCAAGCGGAACUCGCCACUCUCGCUGAAGUCGCCACGCAAAAGCUUGCUGUUAAAGAACAGGCUCUUGCCAGCGAGUACAGCUGCCGCGUGCUAGAGGAGAAGAUGACGGAGGAGAUCUACCUGCGGGACUUGGAGAACUUUUACGCAGGUCAGCUGUCGAGCGAAGAGCGCAUCAAGGAACUGAUGCAUGACUUGUGCAAGAAGAUGGAUAAAGGAUGGCGGGCUUGGACCAAGUGGCGCAACGACGAAUUCGAUCGGUAUCAACUCAAGGUCGAAGAGGAGCGGACCAUGCGUGAGGAGGUCAUGUAUAGUAUCAAGCAGAGGCAUGAGGAAAGUCUGGCGGAGAGCAAGAAGCAGAACGUCAGGAGGCAGGCUGCCGAGUCGCGCUGGGUGACGCUCGUGUUCGCAGAGAGGACGCGGGUGCUGGGCGACAUGGAGGCUGCGGAGUUGGAGGCCGGGUCGCGCUGGGUUGAGGAGUUGGAGGCCGGUGAGUUGGGGGAUGGAGCUGAAAGCUGGUACACCGAGGAGGAAGAGGCUUUGGAGGAGAACCCAGUCGGUAUUGCUAGUUGA